GGUGCUGCGCAGGCAGUCACCACUGUUCCUCUCCUCUGGUCUCAGCUCUGGGGGAUGGCAACGCGUGCCAUGGCCACCAGCCUGCUCUGUGUCCCCCCACCCCAGGACCUGCUCCGGCCCCUGGCUGUGCCAGAGAGGCUGCUGCUCGGACCAGGGCCCAGCAAUGUGCCCCCCCGCAUCCUGGCUGCGGGUGGCCGGCAACUCCUGGGCCACAUGCACCCCGAGGUGCUGCAGGUGAUGGAUGAGAUCAAGGCAGGCAUCCAGUACGCCUUCCAGACGCAGAACCGUCUGACCCUGGCCAUCAGCGGCACCGGCCACUGCGCCAUGGAGGCUGCCCUCCUCAACGUCUUGGAGCAUGGUGACACCACACUGGUGGCUGUCAAUGGCAUUUGGGGACAACGCGCUGCCGACAUUGCGAGGAGGUUGGGAGCCAAUGUCCACGAGCUGCUGAAGCCCCCAGGCGAGUACUUCGCUCUGUGGGACAUCGAGGAGGGCCUGACACGGCACAAGCCCUCAGUGCUCUUCAUCACUCAUGGCGAGUCCUCCACGGGGGUGCUGCAGCCGCUGGAGGGGCUGGGCGAGCUGUGCCACCGGCAUGGUUGCCUGCUGCUGGUGGAUGCAGUGGCAUCGCUUGGGGGAGCCCCCAUCUUCAUGGACCGGCAGGAGAUCGACGUCCUGUACUCGGGGUCUCAGAAAGUCCUCAACGCCCCCCCUGGCAGUGCCCCCAUCUCAUUCAGCAAGCGAGCCAGGGAGAAGAUGCUCAGGAGAAAGACAAAGCCCCCAUCCUUCUACCUCGACAUGAGCUGGCUGGCAAACUACUGGGGCUGCGAUGGGGAGCCACGAAGGUACCAUCACACAGCACCAAUCAACAGCUUCUUCAGUCUGCGGGAAGGCUUGGCCAUGCUGGCGGAGCUGGGUCUGGAGAGCUCAUGGGAGCGCCACCGGGCCAACUGUGCCCAGCUGUGCCAGGGGCUGCGCGACCUGGGGCUUGAGCUCUUCGUGAAGGAGGAGAAGGCGAGACUUCCCACAAUCACCACUGUCAGGGUGCCGGAGGGCUAUGACUGGAAGGACAUCACCGCCUUCCUCAUGGACAACCACGCCAUCGAAAUCGCCGGGGGGCUGGGCCCCUCGGUUGGCAAGGUCCUGCGGAUCGGCCUCAUGGGCUGCAACUCGACCAGCAGCAAUGUAGACCGGGUGCUGCAUGCCCUGAGGGACGCCCUUGGGCGCUGCCACCGCAGCAGGCUGUGA